UCUGAACAGAACGCGAUCUGUCAAAAUAAAAGUGCAAUCAAUAAUUUUCGGACGACUUUGCCCAAAUUGGAGGAAAAUUUAGCAAAUUUUAAUAGUUUUACAAAAUGAAGGGAUCACUUUUAGUACUGCUGUGCAGUAUUGUACUGGUAUUGGAUGCGACCCACCUCGAAUAUGACGGCUGGCUCAACAUCGAACUUUACCACGCGCUGGAUCUGCACGAACCGCACAAAUUCACGCUCCGCGGCAACGUGUCCAUCACGAGCCUGAACACGGGCGCCAACAGCGUCUCGCAGGAACCGCUGACGGCCCACGAGCGGAACCUGUUCCGGAAGCUGGCGGAAGAGAAUCGCCUGUACCGGUUGGAGGCGCACGUCGUCGAAUCGGACGGAUCGCGGUCCAAGUUCCUGACCUCGUCGAAGGCAUGUGCCCUGGCCAAAUCGCAGCUAACGGACGUGCUGUGGGUUUCGCUGGACCACGCCGGUUCGGUGACGGGGAUUACGCAGUCGGUCAACAACGGGAAUUACGGCGAUUGCCGUGAUCUGAACAACCGGGACAUUGACGUGCUAGACGAGUUCAACACGGACGUGUACGUGAAGGCGAUGGAGAACGCACCGAUCCCGGACACGGCCAGCUUCAUCCAGAAGAUGGAACGGGAGCGGGAAGCGCGCGAAAGGGGCGAGACGAAGGACAAUCGCGGGUUCUUCGCGAAAUACUGGAUGUACAUCGUGCCGGUCGUCAUCCUGGUGCUGAUCUCAGGGGCCACCAACCCGGAAGCCGGCGGACAGCGUUAAGCCAAAUUUGCAGCUACAUCUCUUAAUUUAUUCGUAGGAAAAAGCUUCAAUUCUCCCUUCGAUAUCAAUAAAAUUCUAGUUCUGACCA